AUGAAGGGCUAUGUGCUGAAGGGAGCUGCGCUUGCGGUCUCGGCGUUGGGCUUGGCAAGUGCGACGGCGGCGAGAGAGGAUGUGUUGGUGAGCAAGAGGCAUGUGAAACGUGGGCUGGAUUGUGAGGGGAAUUAUAACAUCUCUUUCUUUCACAUCAAUGAUGUACACGCUCAUCUCGACGAGUUCAGCUCCUCCGGAACUGACUGCACCAGACCGGAGCGAGGAUGUUAUGGUGGCUACUCGCGAGUCAAGCAUGUGAUUGACACACAGCGCCCCAAUUACAACGACAGUCUCUGGCUGAACGUCGGCGAUGAAUUUCAGGGCACCUUAUUCUACAGCUAUUACCGAGGAGAAAAAAUCGCCGAGACCAUGAAUCAGCUUGGCUUUGAUGCAAUGACCCUGGGAAAUCACGAGUUCGACGGCGGAGACGAGGAACUGGGUGCGUUCCUGCAGAACCUAACGAACAUCCCCGUCAUCUCGGCCAACAUCCAUUCCACCAACGAGAUUCUGAACAAGACAAUCAAGCCGUACCACAUCUUCUGGGACAAGGGACUCGCUCUCAUCGGCGUGACAACGGAGGACACCGCCAGCAUCUCCAACCCUAGUGAAGGAACCACGUUCUCCAGCGCUGUAGAAGCUGUGCAAAAUGCCAUCGACGAAAUCAAGGCGACGACGAACAUCACCCGAAUUGCAGCCAUUACCCACAUCGGCUACGAUAAAGACCAGGAGCUUGCCAAGCAAACAAGCGGCCUGCAGCUCAUCAUGGGUGGGCAUUCGCACACUCUGCUGGGCAACAUGACCGGCGCCAAAGGCUCCUACCCGACAAUCACCACCAACAAAGACGGCGAUGAGGUCUUCAUUGUCACCGCGUACCGCUGGGGCGAGUACGUCGGCUACAUCGACGUGACGUACGACGCCGCCGGCAAGAUCCUUGCCUAUCACGGCGCCCCUAUCCAUCUCACCAACACCACCAAGCAAGAUGAGAACCUACAGGCCCAGAUCGACGCCUGGCGCGGCCCCUUUGAGGAGUUUGCUAAGGAAGUCCUCGGCGUAUCCAACGUCGAGCUCGACCAAACCACCUGCCAGCAAAAGGAAUGCCUCCUUGGCGACUUCAUGGCCGACGCGAUGCUCGCGUACCGCGUGGAUGCUGGGGAAGCUGUCGACUUCGCCAUCAUCAACGCGGGCGGCAUUCGCGCGACAAUCGAUACGGGCGACAUCACGCGCGGUGAGGUCCUGACCUCCUUCCCCUUCGGCAACUCCAUUGUCGAGCUGACCAUCUCUGGUGCCAACCUUCGCAAAGUUCUCGAGGGCAUCGUUUCCGGUGUCUCGCAGACGAACGGAAGAGAGGUUACCUCGUUCUUGCAGAUUUCGUCAUCCUUGCGCAUCAGCUACGAUGCGGCACAGCCGGCGGGCAGUCAAUUGGUAUCUGUAUCCAUUAAUGACGAGGCACUCGACGAUGCGAAAGAGUAUCGCUAUGUCACGCUGGACUUCAUUGCGGGCGGUGGGGAUAAUUUCUUUGAGCCGAGGAAUGAUUUUGUGGCGCUGGAUACGCAGGACGAGGUCCUCGUGCAGUACAUCGCUAAGAAAACGCCGGUGGAUAUCGCGCUUGAUGGACGGAUUGAGGCGGUCUACAUUCGUGUCUGA